ACCUCAGUCUGUGCAGACGUUUCGCGGAGGAAUAAAAAGGCGAAUAUAUUUGAGAUACAAUUUAGCAGGAGGAAUAACCCCUUAUCAAUUACACACAAUGGCCUACAAGUGGGUGCAAUCUUCGGCCUACUCCUCCCUUCCCGAGGAGGCGGUGGUGGGCGGCAACGAUGAGGACGGCGCCAUGAUUUACGUGGGCAGGGCGGAGCACGAGGGCGACAUGCUGGUCUGCAAGGUGGUGCCUAGCAAGCAGCUGGGAUUCAUUUCGCAGCGCGGCGAGGCCCUGCCCAAGGACAUCUUCGAGGUGCUGUGCGGCCAGAAUCUGGUGUGGAUCAAGUGCUACGAUCAUGUGAUUCCCGAGAAUGCGGUGCUCUGUGGCCGCACUUCGCUGGAUCAGCCGGUGUACAUAGGUCGUGGCCAUUACGAGGGCCAUCUGAUCAUCGGCAAGAUCUCCUCCGUGCAUCGAGCUCUGUUCAUUGCUUACCGUGGUGCCGAACGCCGCUUGGAUUCCUACGAGAUUCUGGUGGAGGAGCGUCGAGUGGUUCCGGGUUGGCAGCUGCCCCCACCACCGCCACUGGAGGAGGUGGAAAAGUGUCCGCUCACCCCACCGCCACCACCUUCUCCACCGGCGGUGGCUGUGGCCAUGGCUCCUCCCCUCUCCGCCAAGCCGUAUCCUUAUCCGGAUCUGGUUGCCAUGCCUUUUCCCUUGACCGACAGGCCACCGGCCUAUACGCCCACUCCGGAUCCACUGCCUCCUGUUGGCGGUGUGAUGGUGAUGCCUCGUCCCCCGAAUCCACCGCCUGCUGGAGGAGUCCUCGUGAUGCCACCUCCGCCUCCACCUCCUGCAUCCUUCACCCCCGCAGAGGUCUCCGUGGCGCCACCACCAACAUUUGUUGCCGCAGAGGUCACCGCCGUUUCCGUUCCCGUGGGACCAUCGUUUACACCCGCCUCCACCUAUAAUCCCUACGAGGCAGGAUGCUCCUCCUAUACGCCGGCUGAAUGUGCGCCUCCUUCGGCCUACGAUGCCUAUGGCUAUGGCAACAACUACGACGUUUGGAUAUCCGCCGAACCGGGCUAUUAUCACUCCCCCGAUGCCGUGAUUGGAGGUCACGACAGCAACAUGGCGCAGCUCCUGGUGUGCCGAGCCUAUUACCGGGGUGUCCAUGUGCCCGGAAAGGCGAUACCCAGCCAGGGAUGUGCCUACAUAGCCCACGGAGGUCGCGAGAUCGUCGAGCCCUCGUAUCAGAUGCUGGUGGGCAGGGGCAAAUACCACUGGGUGCCUUCGUAUGGCGGAAAUGUGCCACCCGGAGCCGUUGUGGCCGGAAGGACACCGGGCGGAGAACCACUUUACAUUGGACGGGGUCACUACUGCGGAAGUCUGACGCCCGGCGUGAUUGAGACCUACAACCGAUGCCUACAGAUUCCAUUCGGAGGGCAGGAGAUCCGGCUGAGCAGCUACGAAGUCCUCGUAAGGAGCGACAUCUUCCACGGACAGCAGGCCAUCCGAUUGGUUUAUUGAAAACAACCCAU